CCACAAAAUCCAAUGCUUCAAUUUAUGUAUUAAUAGGUUGUAUUUUGCGACCCACAUUUCCCACAUACUGACUCCAAGUUUCAUGAAUGUAAUUGUUUUAAAGAUUAUGUUUUCUGAGGAAUUCCUCAAAUAUCGUAUCACUACUUUGCUAUGUAUGGAAUAAAAUAUUUCCUGGCGAAAUCUACAAAUAGCAGAUAUUUUUCAAGAUUUUUAGUGAGGAUUUACUUUUUUAUUUUUCAGAGAUCGUAUCUGAAAUAUGGCUCAGAGUGACUUCCUCUACCCAGAGAACCCAAGGAGGAGGCAGGAAGUAAACCGUCUUCACCAGCAGCUCCUUGAUUGCUUAUCUGACAGCUUCCAUGUCACCAAUAAGCUGAUUGGGGUUCUAAACAUGCACUUGGGAUGCAGCCUUGCCUCGAUUGAGAUGAAAAGAGAUGGAACCAUCAAAGAAAACUGUGAUAUCAUCAUCCAGGCCAUGACGACAAUUCAAAAGGAAUUGCAAAAGGUAGACGAAGCACUAAAAGAUAAACUUGAGCCAACCCUUUAUAGAAAGCUUCAGGACAUUAAGGAAAGGGAGUCAGAGAAAAUUGCAAUAGUACAAAAGGUUAUUUCAGUCAUCCUGGGAGAAGCCACUUCUGCAGCCAGUGCAGUGGCUGUUAAACUGAUAACCUCAAAUGUCACAACGGGCAUAAUUAACAAGUUGGUCACUGUUCUAGCUCAAAUUGGUGCCUCUCUCCUUGGGAGUAUUGGAGUUGCUGUUCUUGGCCUUGGCAUAGAUAUGAUCUUCUGUGCUAUCCUGGGAGCAGUGGAGAAAACACAGCUUCAAGCAGCCAUCAGAAGUUAUGAGAAGCAUCUGGUAGAGUUCAAGUCAGCCUCAGAGAACUAUCAUCAUGCCAUUACCGAAGUCACCAACACAGUGAAACACCAAAUGAAAUGAACACUUAUUUUGUCACUGGAGAAUUUUUCUGCUUUCUUCUCAGUAAUAGUGUUUGCUUCCUUGAAUAGGUUCAUUUUUU